AUGAAUUCUCCGCCAUCUCGUUCGCUUGCGGCUCGGCCAUUGAUGCUGGGUCUAGCAAAGCUUCUGUUCAUCGCGAUCGCGCAAAUUCCAUUCGCUGCUGCUGCGCCCGUUCUAUCGCCUCUGUUCAAUUCCGCCGAUGCAGAACCACCGAAAGAACCGAGCGAUCCGAGUCUAUGGCUAUACUUGGGGGUUUCAGCUGCUCUUGUCCUCAGUGGGGGUGCAUUUGCGGGGUUGACCAUUGCUCUGAUGGGUCAGGAUGAAGUCCACCUUCAAGUCAUCCAGAAAUCCGGCUCGGACUACGAGAAAAAAAAUGCGACCAGUGUUCUCAACCUCCUAAACCAUGGAAAACAUUGGGUUCUUGUCACCCUUCUUCUCAGCAAUGUGAUCACAAAUGAAACCUUGCCCAUCGUUCUCGACCGAACCCUCGGGGGUGGUUGGCCCGCUGUUUUAGGCAGCACGGCCCUGAUUGUCAUAUUCGGCGAGAUCGUCCCCCAAUCAAUCUGCGUUCGCUACGGCCUUCCGAUCGGUGCAUGGAUGGCACCUUGUGUCUUGGGCUUGAUGUACAUCAUGUCACCGGUCGCCUGGCCAAUCGCAAAACUUCUGGACCGUCUUCUUGGCGAGGAUCACGGCACUAUCUACAAAAAAGCCGGCCUGAAAACGCUCGUUACCCUUCACAAAACCUUGGGUGAAGCCGGAGAGCAACUCAAUUCCGAUGAAGUCACCAUAAUCAGUGCCGUUCUGGAUCUCAAGGAGAAGUCAGUCGGCAGCAUAAAGACACCCAUGGAAGAUGUCUUUACCAUGUCCGCCGAUACCGUGCUUGAUGAGCGCACAAUGGAUCUCAUUCUCUCACAGGGCUACUCUCGCAUUCCUAUUCAUGCCCCCGACAACACCAUGAACUUCGUUGGCAUGCUCCUUGUCAAGAUGCUAAUUACCUACGACCCCGAAGAUUGCAAACGCGUCCGUGAAUUUGCUCUCGCCACCCUUCCUGAGACACGCCCGGAGACGAGCUGUCUUGACAUCGUCAAUUUCUUCCAGGAGGGCAAGUCACACAUGGUACUUGUCUCCGAAUAUCCCGGCGAGGAUCGCGGCGCUCUCGGAGUUGUUACUCUUGAGGACGUCAUCGAGGAAUUAAUCGGCGAAGAGAUCAUCGAUGAGUCCGAUGUGUUUAUCGAUGUCCACAAAGCCAUCCGACGCAUGGCACCUGCGCCAAAGUCCCGGGUUCCCAAAGGCAAGAUUGUUGAGGAGCCUCCUUUGAAUGCCUCGGUCGUCUCCGACGGCAACUUAAUUGACGUGGAUACCAUCAAACCUUCAUCUCUCCCCAAGCCCUCCGACUUGAUUCGACGACGCAGCUCCGUGGAGGCGCCUCUCCCCCGCUUCCAGCUCCGCAAGACAAAUGUGGACACCAACUCCACGUCGACAGAUGGAUGGGUCACGCAGAUGGGCACGACCGAUGAAAUCAGAGAACAUCUCAAGCAUCUCGGUCCUUCCAAUCUUGCUAGUCGGCCACGACAAACUCGCUACCAUGCCGUCAAAAUCAAACGCAGUGGUACUUCACCUUCCCGCUCCGCACAAACUGAUCACGAAUCCGGACACAGCAUCUCCGACUCUCAAAAGCUUGUACAGCCAUCCACGGCCUACCAAGGUGGCAUCGGUGCAGGUUUGCUCAGCUCUGCUGGACCUGACGCUAAAGAUGGCGCACAUGCCCUGAAAAUUGGCUACGGAACGAUAACAUCUUCCGACAAUGCAAGUAAAGGGACCAGCGCCCAACAGUUCAAAGAUCUUCCUCACGUUUCCAUUCCCGAAUCUGUCCGAGAGGAGCACGAAGACCAAACGCGUUCUGGGUUGACGCGCGAGGUUGGUAGUGGUAUCCCAGGCCCCGAGGACCACGAAAACCAACCGCGUUCUGGGUUGACGCGGGAGGCAAGUAGUGCAGCCGAACAAGAAUACGAACCCCCGACGCGUUCUGGGUUGACGCCGAAGGCUAGUAGUACAGAAGGCAGUAUCAAAUCGUCUGAUUCGCCGACAGGAUUUCCCUAUCAACACCGUGGACCGGCACGCAGUGGCAGCAUCACCGAACAGAUUGUGGAUGUUAAUGGCAUUCGCAAAGUUGUUCUCCAUGCCAAUUGCUCUAGUUCAUCCGAGGGUGAAUCACAGUCGGGACAUCAGCACAGCAAACAUUCGUCCUCCGGGCACAGUCAUACCGACGGCACAGCCCCUGAGAUGGAUGAUGCUCAAUCUGAAACUCAAGACGGCAUGCUGUCAAAAAUCAAGAAACGACGUCGCCGCAAGAAGCAUGCUAAAGCUUCCAAAUCCGCUGGCGGUCCCUCAGAAGAGCAACCAUUACUACAGUGA